CUCACCGCCCGCCUUUUCAGAGGACACAUUUGUCUUAUUUCCCGUUCUAAAUUUUGCUAUUACGACUGUGUUAAAGAAUUUCUAAUCACGCGAAUAUAUAAGCAUGUGAGUUGGGGGGAAUCCCUCUUGCAGUUGUUCCGGUCAAGGCUUCGCAGACAGCAGGUACCAUCAAGGUAUUAUUAUGGCAAAAUCUUUGUCUUUUUUUUCGGAUUCGAUUCUGUUGAGUUUGCUAAAUUUUCUCAUGUGAAGAUGUUCGCUUCCUAGUGCCAACUUACGGAUCUGAAAGAAGCCCGAGUCAUGUCAGGUUCACCGAAAACAGGUAGGACGAAAAAAACAACGUGAUUUUCUGUCUAGUUCAGCUUUCUUUGUGGCAACAGCUGUAAAAAUAACAUUGCUUUAAUGUGCCAUCACAAUGCAAGUAAGUGAGACAUCCAACCUCAUGUAGCUUUUGAAUAAGCUUUACAAGCUUGUUUAAGCUUACAUGAUGACAAAGUUUAUGACACGCUGAUCAUGAUUGCCAUGUUACACUUCGCUUUUCAUAACAGAUGCAAAGUUUGCUGGUCUAUUUUUCUUCGUAGCGUGUCGAGGCACAAAAUGACAGUUUGUUAUACUAAUUUGAUGUGUUUCCCUUCAAUAACAACACAACAGGAAGUUUGUCUAGAAAUCUCAGCUUACUUUAAUUGGUUAAAAUGGAAGAUAAUAUCUAACCUACAUUUUAAUGCAAUCCAUCUUGAUUUAACUUAUUUUGAUGAACGGUCAAGCUAAAAUUAUGAGCAAUGCGAGCUUUACAUAUGAAUUUCUUUCUCAGAUUUUGCGUGAUGCCUUGUAUGACAACUUAAAUUGUCAACUGUAUACUAUUUUUCUAUAAUUUGAGGAAGUUAUAACCAAAGCUACCUGCAAACUGUGGUGUUUUUUCUGGACUUACGUUACAUUGUUGUCCAAAAAUUAACGUGUUAAAUUAACAUAUCAAAACCAGGUUUUAAAAACCUUUUAUCUCCAAUUUGCAUUCAGCGUGACAGACAUUGUCCAAAUCAUCAUUGAUUAACUGACCACUUAAUUUGAGGAGCUAGGAAUUUUUUCAUGGCUCUUACACACUGAUUAAUUCUUCCACAAUAUUAAUAAAAUGAAAGGUAGCCAGCAAGCAUGCUCUCCGUUUGGGGAUGUCACAAGAAGUCACAUGCAACUGACAUGUGAAUGGAAGGAGGUGUGAGAAAGAGAGUCAGGGAAAGAAUGGAGUGCUUGCAACAAUUUAUUUUUGAACAUUUUUCAUUUCCACCCAGAACUACAAAGCAGAAUAAAUUUUGUCAGUAACAAGAAAUGUUACAGCCUUCUGCCUUUACCUUCAUUAACCCAUCCCCCUGGGAAUUUUGCCAAAAAAAACAUUUUGAAGCUAGUCAGGCGGUUUUCUGGUCACUAUCAUGCUAUAAAGAGCUAAAACUUACCAUAAAACCAUUUACAGGCCAUACACUUCGCAGCCUUUUGAUCCAGAUGCAAAAUACUAGCUUUCAAAGUUUGGGCAUGUGCAGAAAGCAAAAUUUGGAGACAGGUUUUGGGUUUUAAAGGGACGUAUACAAAACAUGGAACCCCCCUCCAUGGACCACCCCUGUGGACCUAGUCCAUGGACCCCUUUGUUGACCCAGUCGUUGGACUUCCCCUGUGGACCACCUCUAAUUUUUGAAGAUGAAUGAACCAGAGGUCUAAAGAAAUUUUAAGAACCUUAAAUGGACAAAACUGUGGUCAGCAUUUAUUAUCAGGGUUUGGGCUCCUCAUAUUUAACACCUGUUCAAAUCUUUUUCAAUCCCAUACCAAUGCAAUGGGUUUGUUUUAGUUUGAUGAAGGAGUAACCAUAUUUGAAGGGAACAGGAGGUAUGAUAGGGAGGAAGUGGUCAUCUAGCAGCACUUUUGUUUGUCUUCGCGUUGUGUGAAAAUUGAAACAACAACGGCUUCAUAUGAAACUACGGAGGAAGCUUGAUGUCUAUGUGUUUGUAAUGACAACAAUCUUGAGUUGCAUGAAUGGCAAUUUACUUGAACCAACCUGUAAGUGUCUGCAAACUUGUAAGGUGUCUGACCAACCACAUUGAUUCAUGAGCAGGAUUCAAUACGUUUGCCAACCAAUAAACAUUGCCAAGGGCUAUGAGGGAAGGGAAGUCUCGGGUAGGUACUCAAUCAUCAUCAUUACCUCUUCCUCUCUACACAGCCAUUGUUGUUUCGUCGCAACACGACGACACAAAAGCUGCGUAACUGAAUUCUUCCUCCCUACUUCUCCUCAUGUCCCCUUCAAAUAGCAGGCCCAAAGGGAGGGGGGUGCGCUCAACCACCCCCCCCCCCUCCACAGGUCCCAGAGGUCCAAUUUUUCGUUGACCAACGAUUUAAAACAAAGUGAUUUGAUAAUAUUUUUCAAAUCUUAGUCACUUGAAUUUAACUCUGAAAGAGUUAACAAGCCUCACGGUUCCCAAAAAACGUGUUUUCAACUUUAUGUAAAUGCAUUGAAAAGGGGGGUUUGGUAUGCCUACAAGGCAUUUACUGCUUGCUAAUAUGUUGCUUACUCCUUCAUUUUGUCCUUAAGGAAUAAAGUGUGUAUUGAAGGAUUUGUAGUGCAGAUUGAGAAAACAUUUUCUUGCCUCUUUUUUUUUUUUUUACUAGGAGGUCCUUAUAAUACAAAUUGAUACAAUUUCAAAAUUCAUUUAGACCUUUGGUAAAAUUUCAUUCAAAAAUUAAGGGUGGUCCAUGGGGGUUAGUCCAUGGACCGGGUCCACAAUGAAGUCCAUGGACCAGGUCCACAGAGGUGGUCCAUGUAGGUGGGAGGGGGGGUCCUUUUUUGUAAACGUCCAUUUCAAAGUGACACAGCAGUCUUGACUUUUACUUUUUGCUUUCUCUCUUCCCCUCUGUUUUCACUUUUCUUGCCUUAGUUUUUUUUUGUUUUGCUAGGCAUUUAGUAGUCUUCAUUUUGGGGGGAAAAGAUUUUAGGAAAGGUUUUACGAUCCUAGUUGGAUCUUUUCCCCAAGCUUUGUGAGGUUCUGCAAGAUUCAUAUUUCUAUAUUAUUAAUGAGCCAAUAUUUACUAGUACUCACCUUUGUGGAAGGGAGGGGAGGAGCAAAAUUAAUUACUUGAGCUGUAAAUUUCACUGUGGCCCCGAGAGAUCUCUUGGAUAAUAUAAUUUGGUGAUGGAGAUUGCUAGUCAGAAAUUUCACCUCGCCUAAAUUACAUUAAGCCCCACUUACAGUGUGACUACUGUGAUGGGGGCCAUCUAGCCAAAGUUGACCAAUCGGAUCAUGGGAAAAUAACAAAACAUCUGAGAAAAAUGGUUGUCAAGCCUAGUUACCACAAACCAAGAUAAACAAUAUGGAUUUGUUGGUCAACUUUGUCUGUGUUGUUGCACUGUAACAGAAAGUGAUAUCUACACAUACAUUGAGUAAGGACUUUAAGCUUGUGGCACAGAUAAGACUUGGAAUUGACUAAGUUUUUUUCCAGGAAAGAAGCAGAAGAAGCACAAAGGUCCAAAACUUGAUUUUUCAAAGGGCCAUCCAUCACCUACCUCCUCACCAUCGUAAGUGCUAGCACCUAUAGUUUACUGAAAGAGUUCAUGUUCACAUUGGAAUUGUUGCUCAUAAAAAAUCUACUGUUAUAGCGGAGAAAUAUGUUGAAAUAUGAAGAUGAAGUUGUAUCCCAUUCUAAUUGUUUUGCUUUUGUUGUGUCAGUUAUAGUUUUUACGUCCAGCGUGAUAAGUGUCUCCUUCAAGAGCUUCAACUAAAUUUUCUUUACUCUUUUUCAGGACCACUCCACCAAGGAAUCUUUCAGACAAAGCCACACUUACUGUUGAUGGAAAGGUUUGUACUGUACUAAAAAGGCAAUAGCACAAUAACUUAUUUUUUUCCAAGAUUUCACAGAAACAAAACUGCAGUUAUGAAGUACUGUCACUGACACACAAAAUGGCCUUGACUGACAAGAAAAAACAAGUGCUGUCAAAACAUAAUCAAUAGUUUUUGAGCAAUUUUUGUUGAGUAACAGUGAAUAGCUUUUGCCCAGUAUUUUCAAGUGUUCAGGUGGAGGCCUAUUAAAUGCUAAAGAGCAGACAACUGAAUAAAUUAUUCAACUGUCAGUUGAUUAUAGGUUCCAUGAUUUUGCGAUACAUGUUACAGGUCAAAAUAAAAUUAAUUCAGGUUAAAAUUUUUUUAACCUAGCUAGGUUGAUUCUCAAUUUUCUUUGUCUCCUAGCCCUGAUUCAUGAAUAAUAGGAGACAAAAGGAAUUGAGAAUCGACCUGGGAUAAAAAAAUUUUAAUCUGAAUUUUAUUUUGACCUGUUACAUACAUGUGCUCAGUUGAACCUCCGUAAGCAACAACUCAAAACUUAAUGGUCACCUACAGGAGUUGCUUGCUCAUAAGAAUCAAUCCAAAGGAAGUCUUCUGAAAAUUGUGGAGGUCUUGACACAUCUUUGAAAAAAAAUAUGUUGCCCGAUAUUUAAGUGAUAUUAAAAAAAAAUGUGUUACUUCCUGCCUUGUACCCAGACGUCUCUCUCUUGAUGAAAAUGUGCGUGCAAAGGAAGGCGGGAAGGAGACAACGGGCUUCGCCUGCCAUCUGUACCCUUCCAAUGGUCCCUUGUGGUUCACUCCCAGUCAUUCGCCUCUACCUUGCGAAAAACGAAGCGCCUAAGGAGGAGGCUGGUGUUAGUUCCAUGUUGCCACUACAGGGCUUCUGAUAUUUCGCGGAAAAAAGAACAAAAUUUUGCGGGAUUUUCAGGGGCAAAUUCGCGGAAAAAUUGGCCGAUUUCGCGGGAUUUUCGCGGAAACAAGUCAAAUUUUGAAGGAUUUUCAGGGGCAAAUUGUUAGAAAAAUCAGCCAAUCUCACGGGAAAUUUCGGGGGGAAACUUCGCCAGGAAACAAUCGGUAAAAAACAGCCGAUUUCGUUGGAUUUUUUUGGGCAAAUUUCGCUAAAAUCGAUCAAUUUUGCGUCGAUAUGACCAGCGUUGUUUAACGUUUUUUUAACAGGGAUAAUCAUUUGCUCUUUCAACGACAGUUCGCUCGAGAAAUGAGCAAAUGCUAAAUCUAUUAACAUUAUGGUUAGUGCCCAGUUUUUUUGCAAUGUUCAUCUAAGAACGCCUGGUAGUUUUGGGACGUUCAAAUGAGCAACGUCACUGUUUCAAAGUUCUAUUUAAACCUGCAAACCCCACUUAUUUUGUCCAGAUUAUCGGUUCUAUUCAUAAUUUAUACAAAACGGCUGUACAUUUUGGAAAUAUUUCUGGCGGAUUUUGCGGUAUUUCGCGUUUUUUGGGGAAUUUCGCGGGAUUUCGCGAAAAUACCUGAAUUUUGCGGGUCCGCGACCGCGCAAAAUAUCAGAAGCCCUGCCACUAGGAGUUCUUUGUAUAGCAUAAACUUAUUAUUAUUAUAAGCCGCCCAUUUAUAGGCCCAUCUACCUGAAAGCAAAAAAAUACAUCAGGCUGUAAGCCCCCCUCCCUCCAAAUAUAAGGCCCCCUCUAGCUUGUCUUAAAAUGAAUUCAAUGAUCUACUUUCAUAUAAUAUUCUUCAUCCCACAGUUCACAAAUAUGAUUUUCAUAUCUUAAUGAAUCUGACUUUGUAUGACGUUUUGAAGCUUUAUAAAGGGAUAAAAUUCAACAAGUAUUUUGGUCAGCUAUGAGCUUGUUUUGAAAAUUAGUCCGGUUAUUAGCCCCCCAAAAUAUAAGAUCUCAUAAAACCCCUUAUGAAGUUGUAUAAGCGCUUGUCUUAUAAUCAGAAUGUUAUGGUAUUGUGAGUAACAUAAACAUGCACAAAGUGUACUUAGAGAUCAGAAAAUGUGUCAAACGAUUAAAAACAUUGGAAAAUUAUAAAAUUUUCAUCCCAUUGCGCUUGCUUACAAGAGGUUCCAACAGCAGGGCUUUGACUGGGAAAAUUUUGGUGUAGUUUUGCAUCUGUGGUCACUUAUGGGAGGUGGUUGCUUAUGAGGGGUGGUUGCUAAGUAAUACGAGGGAUAGUCCUCAUACAUAUGCACAGAGGUUCAACUCAGUUUUCUCCCUAGAUGGGGCACGUGGCUUAACCCUUUAAGCCCCAAUAUCCACAUACAAAUUCUCCAAACUGAUCUUUAUACAUUUUCUUAAAGAAUAAGUUUAGAGAAUUUGAUGAAAAUAUCAAAGCAUUUUCUCUUAGGUGAUCAAUUUAUUAAUUCUCAUAACCAAAUCUCUUGACAAUCAAUGGAUAUGGUUAGGAGAAAAUUGAUGUUGGACACCAUUGGGACUUAGAGCGGUUUUCACUUGACUGUCGUAAAACCAAAACCAAAGUAAAUACACUAGCCAACCAAAGGGCGUAGUAAAACCAAAACCAAACCAAUUCCUCAAUUACUUUCGAAAGUCAAGUGAAAACCACUCUAAAGGGUUAAUUCACUUGAAAAUCAUUCCCACCUGGCUUAAAAAUCAAAGAGUUGACCCAAUAGAUCAAACCUUAUGUUGACGUUGAAUUUAUUUUUUAAAGUGAUUUAAUGUUGGAUGAAUAUGCUCAAACCUUUGAUGCAUUCAUUUUGCUGAACAGCAGCCAUGCAUCUUGAAAUUGUCCUACAAACACAAGGGCCCUUUGAGGAGCUUACAUGGAUUACUGAACAAAAUUCCUGCACUGUUAAUGCGCAAAACGAAAAACGAGGAGCUUCUCAAAGGGGUCUUCUGGGAGAAAUGAUCAUAUUGGUUACCGCCUUGCUGUGUUUGGUUGCACAUUGUUCACCGUCUGUACAAAAAUUUUAUUAUUCAGGUUACAUAUACAACAGGCUUCGUACAAACACUUUUGAAAAUUACAGUAAGAAUAGCCCCUGGCCUCCUUAAAAUCCUAGGGAGAACACUGCUACAUUAAUUUUGUUACCUGCAGUAUAAGGCUGCUAUACCAGGAAUGUAAAUGACCUCUAAUGUCCUGUGCACUUGUCUCCAGGAAUUUGAGUGCAAUGCUGAAGAUUUGAAAGAGUUAAAAGAGCUUGGCCAUGGAGCAUAUGGAUUUGUUUACAAGAUGAUUCAUGAGCCAACAGGGAACAUCAUGGCAGUCAAGGUAAUGUCGGACAGUGGUCAAUUAUUAUAGGCCACAGUCUAGAUAUUUAAAAUCUAAGGCUUCUUGGAGCACUAGCAUUGGCCUUGUCCAGAAGCAUAAUGUUACAGGUCAAAUCAAUCAAAUGUGAUCUUUAACAUUUAACCCUGAAGCAUCUAACUCAGGGUGCAAGGAAAGUUAGCAGUGAUGAUUAAGCCAUUCUGGCAAUAAUUGUGCUGACGUUUCAAAGGAUGCAAAGUCAUUGUUGUGAUAUCUUAAACUCGCUUGUCUUUGAAAGGAUCGGUUUUAAUAAUUGGACUUUUUCUUUUUCGGGUAGCAGUAAACUUUAUCAGCAUUUUGUUCACUCAUUCCAAAACAGCUAGGCUGCUGAGGUUGCGAUUGUAAAUUGGUUGCAGUAUACCACAGGGUUGUCAGAAAGGUUUGAAGUAGACGGCUGAGUUGUCAAAGUAAGCGGCCAGUCCAGGGAUAUUUUAUUUAAAGAACGCCAUCGGUAACGAAAUGCUAAGCAGAGUAGUGGGCCUAUACUAACCAAGUAGGCAGCGAUUUUUGCUGGUAGCCGGCCACUUUGACAACCAUGAUACCUUCUUGUUGAUUGUGUACUGCUCUCAUCUUUUAAAUUUGGUCAGCAACAGUUGAUUCUGAAGAAUUGGCCAAGGGAUUAAAACUAAGCAGGAACAGCAGCUGUGUUUUGAUUGGAUAAUGAUGAUCAAAUGAUAACAAAUUGCUAAAUAUCCUCAUUAGCCAAUCUGCUUUAAGCCUCUGGAAUCUUUUAAUUUUAAGGAGGGGUCAUGUUCUCAUCAUGAACGUUGAUAUUAUCUCUCGUUUACAGAGGAUACGAGCUAAUGUAAACUCUACAGAACAGAAAAGGCUUCUCAUGGAUCUGGAUGUAUCUAUGCGAGUAUCUGACUGUCCAUACACUGUUCACUUUUAUGGUGCACUGUUUAGAGAGGUUUGUUGUUUUUGUUUUUGUCUUACAAAUGGUUGCAUAAUAAAUUAAUACUUUUAAAAGGUGCAUCCAGCUUUCAAUAUUAUUGAAUAACCUAGUAGAAAGAUGUCCAAAAUGAUUGUUUAUACCAAACCAAAAUUGUCCAGAGGAAAUCUAUACAUAUCAUUCAACCAGAUUUUGUAGUCACACUCCAGUUAAUUCUGUUUGAUAAUUUCAAGUUGUAGUUGUGUGGAAUUUUUUUCAUACCGUAUUUUGUAUUGAGGCCUUUUAAAUCACCUGUUCCUCAUAAUGUUAACAUUUGUUACUUUAGCAGAGCUUCAUGUGCGCGCUUUGCGAGGGGAUCCCCAUAGCUAAGAAAAUUUGGUUAUCUAUCCAUCCGAGAAGUUUUGGUAGUCACAUAACCUUAUAUAUCUGUUCGUCCGUCCACCCAUCUGUCUGCACCACAGGGCAACCAAUGAGAAAAUCUCACACUUUCCAGCUAGUGUGGGAACCUGCAACCUGAUAUUGCACAUCCAUGUUGUGGUCAGUUGACAGUUGUCAAAACAGGGUAUCUGCUGACCAGUAUCACAUAACCGUAUUGCAGGCUCAGGUGUUGUCACAUAGAGGUUUUGUUUUUUUGUUAUCUGCUGACAAGUUACUAGUUUUCAACUUAUCGCAGGCUCAACUCCAAGUGGUUUUCUUUACAGUUAUGGUUACAAAAUUUAUUGUGUGAGGUAAAUUAUAAAUUUAUGUACUGGAGCUUAGCUAAAUCUAUAUAUUAUUGUUUUGUCUUUUCCAGGGAGAUGUUUGGAUUUGUAUGGAGUUAAUGAAAGUAUCACUGGAUAAACUUUACAGAAAAGUGUAUGCUACUCCUGAUGGAAGAGUUCCAGAGGAGGUCUUACGACAAAUAGCCUUUGCUGUAAGUAAUGGGCCUCAACACUGUUCAAAAAAUGAUAUUGACAAGUUGUCACAUUCACACAUUCAAUGAAUAAUUCUGUCAUCAUGUUUUUAACUGAAUUUUAUUUUACUCCACUUACAGAUGGUGAAUGCAUUAAAUUACCUCCAUGAUAAACUGAAAGUAAUUCACAGAGGUGAGAAACAAACCUACUUGUUCUCAUGGACGAGUUUGGCAAUUUUCAUCAUCAUUCUUGUUCAUUUUUCUUUUUUCACCUCUUUUGUUUUCUUUCUAUUUUUUUGCUUUAUUUUGAACAAACUUAGGUGGUAUCUGAUCCAGCCUGUAUUGUUUUCUGUCUGACUAUCAAGUGCUCUUGAUAGCAAUAGUUUCAAAAGCACAUUUAUUUCAUUUCUUGUUUUGAUAAUUUAUGCAAUGGUCUAAAGGAGAAAGUUUUUUGAAGUUAAUUAAUUAUUAGUGUUUACAUUUCUCUUUUUUUAUUAGUUUAAUAUUAUUAGAAAAAUGUUACAAAGUAUUUGUAAGUAUGAUGAGCAAACUCAAGGUAUAAUAAUAAAAUUACUAGUCCGAAAUUAAGGUGAAAAAAUGAUUAUAAAUUGAGAAGUUAUAUUUAUUAAUUUAAAUGCAUUUUCUGAUCCUUGCAUUCACCUUUAUUACCUGAUACUCCACAAGCAAGUCUUAAGAUAUUAUUACUUCAGAAUUUGGAAAAAGCUGUUACAUUGUUGUGCUUGUUAUCAAUUGUAACAGAUGUCAAGCCAUCCAAUAUUUUAGUAGAUGAAAAUGGCAAUUUUAAGCUCUGUGAUUUUGGAAUCAGUGGACAACUGGUAGAUUCAUUAGCAAAAACAGUAGAUGCAGGUUGCAAACCCUACAUGGCUGUAAGUACUUUAUAAGGCUGUUUGAUUUUAGACCAGUCUGAAUGUUUUGCAUUCUGCCCAUAGCCAGAGCGGUACUGCAUGGAGAUAUUAAAAUAGCGGUUAUCAUAGCUAGAGUUAAUUAACUCCCACAAGGACGUUUUUGGGUAUAUAAGCGGCCACGUGCUAUUAGACACUAUCAAAAAUGUAGCAGGUUUUUUUUAUUCUCUCCCUCGGAGUCUUCAGCAUUUCAAGUGUGUAAUCAGAAAAUUACAGAAUACCAAAUAAACCUGUUGUGAGUGCAAAAAACUGGCACGUGGUUCUCUUCCAAGUGGAUAUGACAUAUAUCCAAAUCACUGAAAAAUUUACUUAUCGCUUUAAAAUCAGUCAGUCAUGUGGUAGUGAGAAUUUUGGGUCUGUAAAACUUUUCUUCUAAUCUCAAAGUAUGGAACUGUUUUUGAUCAGACUUGAAAUCUCAUUCUUAGUAAGUUUCUUUGCAUCUUUAAUUUUUGACCUUUUUGUCACAUUUAAUGACUCAAAAGAGUUUUUAAUAAGUCUUGGAUUUUAUUUACCACUCAUCAUCCUGAGCUGCAUAUAACAGUCUGUCAUCAGACAAUGUCUGACUAUAAUAUUAUUUGACCAGUGAAAUCACACCUGCGGUCACACAAUUAAGAUGACCAGAUAGAUAAAAUACGAAAGGCUAUCACUUUGUAGCUCACAAGAUUUGCAGAGAAAUGAUGGAAUUUUUUUUUUUGAAAAAGGUUAACUAAAUUAAUAUUCUAUGUCUGACAACUUUUCUGGUCUGUCCCACUUAAACGGCGACCUAUUCACUCAUAUGUCCUUUAAUCAAAAAAGAAAAAUGAUGUAUAACUGACAUGUUAUUCCUUGUGAUGUCAUUGUAAAGGAGAGUGGAGAUUAGUCUAAUUCUGGUGUUGAUGAUCAUGAUAUGAAAAGGGUACCAAAAAUAAACAGAAACAGUGAGUUCCAAAACAACUGUGCCAAAUAGCAUGCUUUGUAUCAGUUACAAAAUAUUUCAAAUUAUCACUUUUCAAGUUGUUGAUGCAUCAUAGUCAUUUUAUAUUAUAAUUUAUGAUUUUAGCCUGAGAGAAUUAACCCAGCCAGGGACAUGAAAGGUUACGACAUUCGCUCAGAUAUUUGGAGCCUUGGAAUAACUAUGGUAGGACUUGUGUAAAACUAAUUUUCCCCUUAUUUUCUGCCCUCUGUCUUAGUUUUGAAUUUCCUUUUGCAUGAAAUCAGGGGAGCUAGUUCACCUGUCUUAUGCAAAGUAAUCAGGGGUGUGUUUUCAAAGCCAAUUAACAGCCUUGAAUAAGCACUAUUAUAGGUAACUUUGUCCAGUAUGUAAAUUUUCUAGAACUGAUUUACGGGUCAGACAUUUCAAAUUACAUAACAUCAGAAGAGCAAUGUUGUGGUGGACAAAACACUGACCCCCAUGAGUCAAUGGACUACACCAGUGGGCUACCUUUUGAAUAGUUUUACUGAUAGUUGCUUGAUAUAUACGUACGUGUACCAUUGUCGUCUAUUCAGAGUCCAAAGACUGCAGGGGGUCAUUAUUUUGUCCACCACCGCAUAUGUUAUUACGUUACGUUAUUACACCACCACAUAUGUUAUGAAUCUAAUGACGGCAAGUAUUCUAUGCCAACUCUAUUCUAGAGAAGUAGUUAUUACAAUUUUUCAAAUUAUGUGACCUUCUGGAAAUCCCACAUAAUGUCUUAAUAAUUUUCACACACCAGCACAAGGCUUUAGAAAUGUUUCAUAGCCAUAUGAAUUAUAUAUUUUCUUUUUUAUUACAGAUUGAACUAGCAACAGGGAAGUUUCCUUACACACAGUGGAAAACCCCAUUUGAACAACUCAAGCAAGUUGUACAUGAACCUUCACCAACCCUUCCAGAUGAUGGGCCAUACUCAGAUGAAUUCAGAGAUUUUGUGGUUCAAUGGUAUAGUUGAUUUUUUUUCUAAACUUCAUGCCAGUGACUUGCCUAGCCGAACCUAACCCAGGAAGGUUCAUUCUAACCUAGCCAUUAAUCCACAGAAUUUUUAAAGAUGCAAUUGCCUUUUAUUUUUAAAUAACAGGUAAUUAUUAGGCAAGUCCUUAAUCACUCUCCCUAUGGUCUGGUAACAAAAGAAUUAAAUACCUUUUACUUUCACAUGCUUGUUUGACCUAAGAAAGAUUUUUUUCUUUUUCUUCUUUUUUCAUAUAGCUUAAAGAAAGACUACAAAGAAAGACCAAACUAUGUAUCACUUUUGGUAAGUUACAGCAUCAAAAUUAAU